GUGCGACUGAUGUAUCCAUGAAGUCGUUACUACAAAGAUGGCGGAUUUCCUGCCUUCCCGGACUGCUUUAGUUUGUAUUCCCAAUUGUCUCCUCUCGGGCGGUGAAAUCGACCAAAUCAGAAAGUCUAAGGAAAUAGACAAAAGCCUGUCUCGGGAGAAGACGUAUGUGAAGAAACUGGUGAAGAUAUUGUUGUUAGGAGCGGGCGAAAGUGGCAAGUCAACUUUCCUCAAACAAAUGCGCAUAAUUCAUGGGCAGGACUUCGAUCAGCAGGCCAAAGAAGAGUUCCGGGCUACAAUCUACAGCAAUGUGAUCAAAGGUGUCCGGGUGCUGGUGGAUGCACGUGAGAAACUGCACAUCCCUUGGGGAGACCCUGAAAAUCAAGUUCAUAUGGAGACUGUGAUGGCCUUUGACACCCGCUCAUCCAUGAUGGUCAAAGGGAUGGUGGAGACCAAAGUCUUCCUGAACUACCUGCCCUCCAUCAGUGCCUUGUGGCAAGACAGUGGUAUUCAGACUGCCUAUGACAGACGAAGAGAGUUUCAACUGGGUGAAUCUGUGAAAUAUUUCCUGGACAAUAUGGAUAAAAUUGGACAACCGGACUAUUUGCCUAGCCAAAAGGAUAUACUUCUGGCACGGAAGCCCACGAAGGGUAUCCAUGAGUACGACUUCGAAAUAAAAAAUGUUCCUUUUAAGAUGGUGGAUGUGGGAGGGCAGCGGUCGGAGCGUAAGCGAUGGUUUGAGUGCUUUGACUCUGUGACCUCAAUCCUCUUCCUAGUCUCUUCCAGUGAGUUCGAUCAGGUUCUCAUGGAAGAUCGUCUGACCAACAGGCUCACCGAGUCACUCAACAUCUUCGAAACUAUCGCCAAUAACCGCAUCUUCUCCAAUGUCUCUAUCAUUCUUUUUCUCAAUAAAACAGACUUGCUGGAAGAAAAAAUUAUGACUGUGAACAUCAAUGACUACUUCCCCGAGUUCACAGGGGAGUCCAACAAUCUGCAGGAUGUGCAAAAGUUCCUGGUGGAGUGCUUCCGUAACAAGCGCCGGGAACAGCAGCAGAAGCCCCUUUACCAUCACUUCACCACUGCCAUUAACACAGAGAACAUUCGCCUUGUCUUCCGUGAUGUCAAAGACACCAUCUUACACGACAACCUCAAACAGCUUAUGUUACAAUGAAAGGCCCCAGGUGACCUUUCAGAACAUUCCAUUUUAAUUAGGUUUUUACUUUAUUUAAUACAAAGUGGUUCAAUGCAUUUUGUGGUUGAAGAAACAUGGACAGGAUAAUUAUGCAAACGUCAAAUUAUUGCAUAAUAUUACUGUCAUAUACAGUAUAUGCCAGGAAUUUGUUAUGUGCCAGAAGACAACUGUUUUAAGCUUGUUGUAGCCAUAUCAUUUAUGUUAAGGAACGGUCCUUAGUUAUUCACCAAAAUGCUGUAAUUGUGAUGUACUGUAUGUUUGUGAAUGCAUAUUUUGUAUGGAGCUGUCAACACUCCUGUAAACCAUAGGCUUGGCACCCUGUUUUGGUUAAGCUUUUCAGAAAGAAACAGAAAACUCAGGGCUCUAAAUAUUUAAUUCAGACAGCUCUUCUGCACCAGUGAGCAGUUUUUUUUUAUUGGGUUGAGUAAUCAGUUUGUUUUGGAUAAUUUGUUUUUAAUUUGCUGCCUUAUCCCCACAAUUAAAAUGCCUUUUUGUUGCACUCCGAUCAGUACAAUAAAGUAGUACAUUUAAGGUACCUUUUCAUGAAGUACGCUUUUGUUUUCUUCAUUUCUAUGAAAGGGAAAGUACAUUUUGACAUUUGCCUUUCAAGCCUGUACAAUGUCUCUUUCUUACAUUUUUAUUUUUUUUAAAUCAUGUUGACUUUUCUUUAAGUUUUAUUUUACACUCUUAUCAUACACCCAACAUUUACCACUGAAAAUUCCAAUGUGUCUUAAAUAUGCAUUGCUGAAUGUCCAGUAAAAAUUAAGAGUUUUCUGAAAGCUGUUAAAUUGAACCGUUUGACCAACUGUCAAUAUUGAACUGUUUUGAAUUAACUUUUCUUUUUUGUCUUUGCACCUGUGUAGGUUGAUGUGGACCGCUUUAGCUCAGGGUUUUAUAAAAUGACUGUUAAAGCAGUCCAUGUGUAUUUCUGUUUAUUGCUUAGUACAAACAUUAUGGUUUUCAUUUUUUAUAGUCCAUAGAGGUCACCUUUGUUUGCCUUAAGUAUCUAUACAGGAUACUUUAAUUUGAGAUCAACCAAAACUGGUUUGAUUUUAAGCCAAUUAAGAUAUGUUGAUGGAGAGACUUAAGUCUUAAAGUAAUCUUAAUGAAAGAAGCACUGUAAUCUGACUGUUGGUAGUAAAUUGAAAUGAGCUGAUUGCCUGCAUUCAGGUCUGUACAAAAAUCUGUAAAAAUUAUUUGCUCGUACAAUGCUGUGUAUCUUUUGUUAUGGCCUCAAUCACUUGCUUUUUGUAUAGUAUGUGUUCGUUGUUUUUUUUGUUAAUCCCAAUUCUGCCUAUUAAA